GAGGUUCGCAUGUUUACAUUAUUGUACACUGGCGGCCUGUACCCAACCGUAGCCGCCAAGAUUGCGUCACAUCGGACUCGGAGCUCGGCCUGAAGUGUUUUCGGCCGUUGCGGUCGCUGCUUUUUGUGGCUCGCUGCUAGUAGUGUUGCAGAUAAUAUAAUCACUACUGGAACAGUUGUGUUCCAACAUCCGCGGAGCAUCACCACCGGCGCCGCGGUCACUUGUUUCCAAGCCUAGGGACAUGUCUGGGUUCAAUGGAGCGGGCGCCUUGAUCUGGCGGUCCAUGGCCAGACAUGUGCAGCAGCCAGACCUCGUUCACCAGUGUCGAAAUGCCACCCACCGAAUUUUCCGGCAAAGCGUCCGCCCGUCGUCGACGAUGACCUUAUGUCGGCGCCACCAAGCCCAAGUCGAGCUGAAAAAAGAUCAGAUCCGACAGCAAAUACGUAUACUAGAACAAGGUCGGAGGCGGUUUUCGGUGACUGCCGCACAAAAGCAUGGCCAUAUCACUCCGCCUAAGCCGGGAGAAGAACUUCAUGUGACAUUCAUUGAUAAAGACGGGGAUCGACAUACCUUCGAAGUCUCCGCGGGCGACAACCUGUUAGAUAUAGCGCAGGCCAAUGAUCUUGAGAUGGAAGGGGCCUGUGGUGGGUCAUGCGCCUGUUCUACCUGCCAUGUCAUUGUCGAAGACGAAGAAAUGUACGAUAAGAUUCCCGAGGCGUCGGACGACGAAAACGACAUGUUAGAUCUUGCCUUCGGAUUGACGGAAACGUCGAGGUUGGGCUGCCAGGUGGUAAUGACCCCAGAAUUAGACGGGCUGGUUGUAAAAUUACCUCAGAUGACGCGGAAUUUGCAAGCGUCGGAUUUCGAGAAAAGGAGCUGAUGGAAUCGGCUGGGUGCCUUGCGACAUGUACAUGUACAAAUAUAAUCUGCUCUCAUGCUCCUGUAAGGGAAAAUCAUCACUUUCGCGCCGUGGGAAGCACAUUCAUGCUGCUGGCUAGGCCGAUUGAUACGCUAUUGCUUGGGGUCGGUCUUUGCCUUUUUCCCUGCAAUCAACUCCAAAAACCCCUGUUUACUCAUUUCAUUGAUCUUCUCCUCGCGGUUGGC